AUAGUGCUGUGAUUGGUUAAAACUUUGACCAAUAGCAGUGCACCGAUCUGGGUUCGUUUACCUCUCCAGUCUUUGAUGGUUGUAGGUUAUUUUUAAAUGGCAAUGAUAAGUUAUAAAUGUGUGACGAGUUGCUCUAGAAGAAUACUUUCUGGAUUAUUAAAUCUAGAUGCUGUACGAACAAACAACAUAAAGUGUCUACAUGUAAAUAUGAAGCGGCCGUGUGUUGCUACUCUUCAGUCUCGGUACACAUGUUGUGCUCUGCGGCAUGAUCAGUUCCAUCCGGUGGAUUAUGUGCGGUGUUCAGGAAAGGAUAGAUUUUACUGCGAUUUACGGAGUAUCAGAGAUGACACGACUGCGCACAACGAAGACAUAGCGGGCUCUCCGGCCAUGAGCCUUUCAGCGGAUCCCCAAAAUGCCGAUCUCAGGCGUAAGAUACCGCAGGCAUUUAACAUCGACGUCCUGGUGGCACUCCUCCGCCAGGAAAACGCCGUGGACGUCUGUGUAAUAAAAGUACCGAAAUCGCUGAAGUACACCGAUUACUUUGUGGUAGUAAGCGGCUCCUCAAGAAGACAUCUCAUAGCGAUGGCAGAGUAUGCAGUCAAAGUGUACAAAGCGCUCAAGACGGAUGCUGAUCCCCAUGUCAUAAUCGAAGGCAAGGAUGCGGAGGACUGGAUGUGCAUCGACUUCGGGCACACCGUGGUGCACUUCAUGCUGCCUGAGACCAGAGAGGUUUACGAGCUGGAGAAGCUGUGGACGCUGCGCUCGUUUGACGAGCAGCUGAGCUCCAUCCCCCCAGAGACAUUGCCCAAAGACUUCAUCUAUGACGAUGAGGCCACAGAUUGGCGCUCCGGGUUUGGAGACCUUGGGGGACAAGAACGGUUGUAGGCCGGCGGAGCAAAACCAGCACUGGAAUUCUUUUGAUCUCAGUUGUGAAUGGCUCUUUUGUUGUUCUUAAUUGAAGGUCAGUGAAAUGUCCUUUUAUAGGUCAUUUUUACCAUGAAAGUAAAUUUACUUGUAUAUUCAGAUGACCACAAAUUGUGGCUCAAAGUCCCAACCUGUAUUGAAGUCUUUCAGCAGAUUUUUUUCUCCUUUUUUUGUAGUACUAAGGCCUAACAUCUACUUUGCUUUAAAAUAUAAGGUCGUAUACAGUUUGGCAUAAUGCUUGAGAUUUAAAAAACAAUGGAUGUGGUCUUGACUAGUUGUAUAAUGUGUUUUAAUAAAGACAACUUUUGGAUGAUG